GUUGGGCUCAGAUGACACUGAGCAGAUGGCUAUCUUUGUGUGAAAGUGUGAAAACUGUUUUUUUUUUCUGCCAUAUGAGACAGCAAAUACAAACAGAGAAGUUCAGAAAGAGUGAUCAGUCCUUCACAGGCUCCUGAAGAGAGCAGCAGUUGUCACAAUGGCCACACCACGCUUGUUCUGCGUUGUCCUUUGUAUCGUAAGAGCUAGUGCCACCAUCCUUGCCCUGCCAACUACUGAGCCACCGCUGAUCCAUGACCACCCCUUUGUGGUCAUAUGGAACGCCCCUACUGAGCAAUGUCAACAGCUAGAAAUCCCACUGGACACAGCAGCCUUCCAAGGAGUAACCACGCCUGCUGCCAAGCCUGGUCAGUUCCUCACAAUCUUCUAUGAGGACCACCUUGGCCUCUACCCUAAAGUCAACACCAUAAAGCACAAACUCUACAGAGGAGGAGUCCCCCAAAAUGGCAACCUGACAGAGCAUCUUGCCAAGGUGCAAAGUCAAAUAGACCGCUACAUCUACCAAGAUUCUUCUCCUGGGCUGGUUGUCAUCGACUGGGAAUCCUGGCGCCCCCUGUGGGACCAGAACUGGGGAUCCAAACGUAUUUAUCAGAAACUGUCCAUCUCUCACGCACUGCAGGUGGCCCCAUUUUUAUCAUCAAAGCAAAUUUCCAAACUGGCUAAGAACCAGUUCCAGCAAGCUGGCCGGCGCUUCAUGGAGAAGACCAUCAGCCUUGGCACUGAUGAACGUCCGAGCCACCGCUGGGGCUUCUACCUGUUCCCUGAUUGCUACAACUAUGACUGGAAGAAGCCUGACUAUACAGGAGAGUGUUCCACAAAGGCCCAGAAGCAGAACAAUCAGAUGAUGUGGCUGUGGAAGCGCAGCACUGCCCUCUUCCCCUCAAUCUACCUCCACCUCACUCUGAGGAAUUCCCCCAAGGCUGCUCUUUAUGUCCGCAACCGUGUUCAGGAGGCUAUGAGGGUGGCGGCGCUGCCUAAACGUCCAUAUACAGUACCAAUCUAUGUUUACUCCAGGCUGUUGUACAGACAUCAGACCAAGGAGUUCCUGAGUUUGAGAGACCUGGUGAGCACUGUGGGAGAGUCAGCAGCUUUAGGAGCUUCCGGGGUCAUAAUGUGGGGAGGAACCCAAGACUACAACAAUAAGGCUGCCUGUCAUUCUCUUUCUGAAUACCUGACAUCGACCUUCAACCCUUACAUCGUUAAUGUGACAGCAGCCGCCAUGCUCUGCAGCGAGGUACUGUGUCAAGGAAAAGGCCGCUGUGUCAGGAAAAACUACAACUCCACCCACUACCUGCACCUGAAUCCCACCUACUUCAAAAUCCUACACACUGAGAGGAAGUAUGUGGCCAUUGGUUUACCCUCCGCCACCGACCUUGAAACUUGGGCUGAAAACUUCACUUGUCAAUGCUACGCAGGAUCGAGCUGUUCUCCACAACUGUUAAAGCCAAAUGGAAUUAAAACGAUUUGGGUUUAAACUGUAAGGAGAAUGUUUUCUCCUGCUGACCCACAGAUUUGAUCAUGUUAUUAUUUACACAAUUAAAAUUGACCAGAAAACUUGUGGGGGAAAAAAAUCUACAUUUUGCAAGUUACGUCCUAAAAGUGACACUAGUCUUUCUAAAGUGAUACAAAGUUAAAAAAAAAACCAAAAGGUGCUAAAUAGUAAUAUUUCUUGCACUGAAUUAAACACAGCAAUGUCAAGACAGAAACGAUUUUUAAUCUGAAAUUAUUGACUACUCAGUCAAGUCUUGAUAAGUUCUAGUAGUUGAGAGUUUUUGUUUGAAAGAUGCAUCAAGUUCUUUAAUCACUUUUGGAUUUUCUUGAAACUGUAACUAUAAAAUGUGAGUGGGAAAUUAGGUAGAUUGGCUAAAAAGGUGCAUGACUUAGUUGCAAGUUCAACUAAAAUAAAAUAAGCAUUUUGUUCCCUGUACAUAACCAAGCAGGAAUUUGAUAACAAAAUAACCUGCAUGAAAAGUUUAGUAAAAUCUUCACAAGAUCAGAACAUCAAAAGACCGAACCUGAUGCCACAAGGAGGCUAAAGAGGAUUUAGGCACCUCAGUUGUAUUUUUCUCCUUUCUUAAGCCUUAUGCCUCUAUGAAACCAUAACAACAAAAAUAGAGGCCUAGAUACACAUGUCUAAAAUACCACACUGUCCGACUGAAUCAGAUGGUCGGCUACAAUAUUUAUCUGCUACUUUAAUGUUCUUUUUUUUACAUACUCUAGUUACUGUGUAUAUAGAUGUGAAACAGUAGUCCAAUGUUGCUAUCCAGCCUUUCUGAAGGUACACAAUGGUUGAAUCAAUAAUUAAUUUUAUUCAAUGAAAAAAAAUUUAAUCUUUUAAAGCCCAUUUCUGUCUCUCUAUUCUGGUACCAGGCCUACAACCUAAAUUCAGAAUGUAUUUGGAUACUGUAAAUAAUCCCAACUGUUUCAUAUCAGUCACACAAUCAAAAAAAUGUUGUUGCCCCCUUUUGUUGUCUGGCUGAUGUUAGAGGUGGGCAAUUAAUACAAACGAUGUUGAGCACCAUUCUGUGAUUCUGUUGAAAUUCUGAAAUGAUGGUAACAUGCACAUUUUGACUUGUCUAGGCAAUUUACAAAACUCAGGUGCAGGUAACAACAUCAGUGAUUGGAUAUGUUCCAUGUAGCUGUGUCAGUUAGCUGACGUGUACAGAUCAGGGCCUUGGCAAUUGCACACCAAGAUUACUUGCACUCAUUAUGAUGCCAUUAUAAAUAAUAGCAGUAUAAUUUACUCUUGUCAAACUGAGGCAUGAAUGUAUCUCCCUGUUUGACAAAAGACUAGCUUAGAGGAAUUCUGGGGUUGCUAUGAUUGAUUUACACCAGUCAGGUAAGUACCAGAGGCCCAGUAUGAGAUCAGUGCAGAUAGUGAUAAGGUGUUAACUUCAGAGAAAAAAUUCCUCCUUCCUCAUUAUCUUUGUUUUUGUCCUGACAUGUUGCUUGGGAUGUUGAUGUCCUUGUUUAGCUAAUAUUUAAUCUAUUUUGCCUUUUUUUUGUACAAAACAUUUUGUACAAAUUUUGACAUGGAUGUUAAGCAAUACAUCCACUAGAGGGCAACACAGAAUCGAGAGAUUCUAAGGAGACAACAAACACGGCAAUGGUGGAGGUUGACAUACUGUAAUGUACCUUAAUAAAAAAAAUAGUAAAAAAUUUAAGUGGAUUACAGACAGAAGGCCCUGUCCAUUUACGCAUACAUGUCAUGUUAAAAAAUAAACGAUUUGGAAGAUG